GAGAACCCAGCGUCCGCGAGCCCGCGCCCGGCACCCAGCACUCCCCGGCCUAGCUCCUCCGGCUCUUUCCGAAAGGGGGCUUCUGGCUCUGAGGACGAGGACGGUAGUGGCCCUCAAACUUCAUUUUCAAAGGCACCGCUGGUUGAGAAGACCGAGCGAGGCGAGCUAUGGACCCCGUGAGCCAGCUGGCCUCGGCAGGCACCUUCCGGGUGCUGAAGGAGCCCCUUGCCUUCCUGCGAGCCCUGGAAUUGCUUUUUGCAAUCUUUGCAUUUGCAACAUGCGGUGGCUAUUCCGGAGGCCUGCGGCUGAGUGUGGACUGUGUCAACAAGACGGAAAGUAACCUCAGCAUUGACGUAGCAUUUGCCUACCCGUUCAGGUUACACCAGGUGACGUUUGAGGUGCCCACCUGUGAGGGGAAGGAACGGCAGAAGGUGGCCCUGAUUGGCGACUCCUCAUCUUCGGCAGAGUUCUUCGUCACCGUGGCUGUCUUUGCCUUCCUCUACUCCUUGGCCGCCACUGUCGUUUACAUUUUCUUCCAGAACAAGUAUCGAGAAAACAACCGGGGUCCACUCAUAGACUUCAUCGUCACUGUAGUCUUUUCUUUCUUGUGGUUGGUGGGUUCAUCAGCUUGGGCAAAAGGGCUGUCUGAUGUCAAGGUUGCUACGGAUCCCAAAGAAGUAUUGUUACUGAUGUCAGCUUGCAAACAGCCGUCCAACAAAUGCAUGGCUGUCCACAGCCCUGUGAUGUCCAGCCUAAACACUUCUGUGGUCUUUGGAUUCUUGAACUUUAUUCUCUGGGCUGGAAACAUCUGGUUUGUUUUCAAGGAGACCGGCUGGCAUUCCUCGAGCCAGAGAUACCUUUCAGACCCAGUGGAGAGACACUCCAGUAGCUAUAACCAAGGCGGGUACAACCAAGACAGCUAUGGAUCAAGCAGUGGGUACAACCAGCAGGCGAGUUUGGGGCCAUCCCCGGAUGAGUUUGGCCAGCAGCCCGGUGGCCCUGCUUCUUUUACCAAUCAGAUUUAACAGGGUAGUGUUGGCAUUCUUCCAAAGACAGCCUCACCACCUUCCAUGUCAGUGGCAGGAGAAUUUUUUAAGAGUUUCAAUCAGUUAUUAAUUCAGGGAGUGUUGAAUGUAAAUAAGAGAUCUGUAGUCCUCAUUAAAGCAGCAAGGCCUGGGUCGUGAUGAAUGGUACUUAGAGAUGAGAUGACAUGAGGAGAUACAUGAUUCAUCAAGAUGGCUGAUUGGAGAGUACCUUGUUAUAUACACAGAUACUUUUAUGGUCGUUUUGUAUGCGUGUUGAGAUAGUAGAAGCAUUUUGUCUUAAAGUCUCUGGUAUGUAAUAUGCAUAAAGUAAAGUAAAUUAAACAGCAUUGAGUUUUCUUACGAUUUUUGACGCGAAAGGCAUUUUACUGAUUUCUCUAAUACUGUUUGGUGCAUCACAACGUGCAUGUAUUAUUAUUCUUUAGUUGCAGACCCUGUAGAAUCGUGAGUCUCUAAGUAUUGCUUUCAGACAAUUACUCUGUAUUUUUUUU